AUGUCGAAUAUUUCAGAUGAGCAAGAAGUGUUAAUUACACCAUUUGCAACAUUUAACGUUACUAAUGUGAAACGCCAUGAUCCAGCAACUAAUCCAUCCGUUUUAGUUGAAACAGAGUUAGAAGAAUAUGAGUCACUUUGUGAACCUACUUACUUGUGCGAAUUGAUUCGGUACCAGCAUAAACGAUAUUCUCGGAUUGAACGGUUAAUGAAUCCAGCAAAAUCUUUUCCAAUCGAACAAAGCUACAUUAAUUUAGCUAUACUAGAAAUUAAAGAACAACAAAAAAAAGAAAAGAAGCUCUGUGACGCUCAGCAAAGGGAUGCGAUCAUCGGUACCUUUGAAGAGAUACAUGAAGCGAAAGCUCUAGUAGAUGUCAAGGACAUUUUUGAAACUUGCAAGAAUCAAACGAAGAAGGUACUCGUGCUUGGACGGGCUGGAAUCGGCAAAACAACAUUUUGUCGAUAUGUUGCUUAUCGAUGGGCAAAUGGCACACUUUGGCCACAAUAUAAGCUGAUUUUCUUGAUUCCACUACGGCGUUUAACUGAAAAUCGUUAUCCUCCAUUGUCAUCCGGCAUGAGCUAUUCUCCAAUUGAUCUCGUUGAAAAGGAAUGUUUCCAUCAUGCUCUUUCUGACAAAGAUAAAAUAUAUUUGAUAGAACAGUUUGACAAAAGUCAAGUUCUAUGGCUUUUGGAUGGCUAUGAUGAAAUUGUACAAAAUGUACCAGCACAUCUGCAAUAUUUAUUCGAGCAGUUACUUAACACUCCACACCACAUCUUGACCUCUCGUCCAUACUCAAACAAGUUAUCAUAUGAUGUGGUAAUGGAAAUUACAGGUUUUACGGAUGAUAAUAUAGAUGAGUAUGUGAAGCAGUUCUUCGAUCAAAUUACAGGUGAAUCCGAUGAUGCACCAUCCACAGGACAAAACCUAUUGGACUUCUUAAAAUUGAGCACAAACAUUUGGGGGAUUGCACAUAUUCCAGUGAAUCUUGAACUGAUUUGUAGUCUUUGGGCUGACACAGAUUGGUCCAUAAGUAGAGAACUCACAAUGACACAGCUAUAUGAUAGCAUUACAGAAUGGCUAUGUCGAAGAUAUUUGGAGAAACAACGAAACAUUGAAACAAAUCUAAUGACUAAAGAGGAUGUUUAUAAAAGUUGCCACAAAGAACUGGCAUUCUUAGAAAGCAUGGCUUUUAACGGCAUGAAAACUAACACCAUAAUUCUACGGCCGCCAUUGCUAAAAAAAGCAUUAAAGGAUACUGAGUGCUCGUUAAGGGAUCACCCACACUUACUCAAUAUAGGCAUUCUAAAAUCAUUCAACCAUCAGGCUAUUGGCACUCACAUCGAAACGGACAAAGACCAUUAUUUUGUUCAUCUGAGUUUCCAGGAACAUUUCGCUGCACGAUAUUUGGUUGCCGCUCUCGAGGAUCCUCCAUGCCAAGAAGCAGUCGAGUUUCUCAAAUGCAACAAGUACAAUCAACGUUUUGGACAAGUAUUUACUUUUGUAUCGGGUCUUCUGACCGAGAGUAACUCUGAAUCAUACAUAAGAACAUUCUGGGCCACAAUACUAAGAGACCCGUUGGAUCUAGUUGGUCUAAGACACAUACAACUAGUUAUUGCUUGUGUUGAGGAGACUAGUGGUAACUCAAAUCUUCCUGGUCGCGCCGAGUUGAUCCUUCCGAUAAUAAAGUGGUUAAAAUAUGCUGUGCUUGCCGAAUCCGAUGUAAUAAUUCAACAGCUGACAGACUCAUUGAGAAGAAGCGCUUCAUUAACACGUGAGCCAGCAGUAAUAGACACACUGAUUCAGCUGCUUCAAACCCAACAAACAAAAGUGAAAACGAAACUAUGCUCUUUGAUCUCAAACUUACCAUUUACAAAAACCCAUCCUAAGCUCAUUCAUUCACUGCUCGUUGCACUUCGUGAUGACAGUGCAGAUAUGAGAUCUUCUGCAUGUCAAGCUCUCGGGAAAACGGGAGACAAAGCAGGAACUGCUGAAGUGAUUAGAGCACUACUCAAUGUACUUAGUGAUGAGAAUGAGAAAGUUAGAUCUUCUGCAUGCAAAGCUCUCCGGAGAAUGGGAGACAAAGCAGCAACUUCUGAGGUGAUUAGAGGACUACUCAUUGCACUUGGUCAUGAGAAGUAUUAUGUCAGAUGUUCCGCAUGUGAAGUUCUCGGUAAAAUGGGAGACAAAGCAGCAACUUCAGAAGUGCUUAGAGCACUAAUCAAUGCACUUAGUGAUAAGAAUGCGAAUGUUAGAUAUUCUGCAUGUGAUGCCCUCGGUAAAAUGAAUGAAAAAACAGCAACUUCUGAAGUGAUUAGAGCACUACUCAAUGCACUUGAUGAUGAGAAUCAGGGUGUUAGAUGGCGCGCAUGUGAAGUUCUCGGGAAAAUGGGUGGCAAAGCAGGAACUUCUGAAGUCAUUAGAGCAGUACUCAAUGAACUUAGUCAUGAGAAUGCGAAUGUCAGAUGGCGCGCAUGUGAAGUUCUCGGAAAAAUGGGUGACAAAGCAGCAACUUCUGAAGUGAUUAGAGCACUACUCAAUGCACUUAGUGAUGAGAAUGCGAAUGUCAGAUCUUCUGCAUGUGAAGUGCUCGGGAAUAUGUGUGACAAAGCAGCAACUUCUGAAGUGAUUAGAGCAAUACUCAAUGCACUUAGUGAUGAGAAUGCGAAUGUCAGAUGGCGCGCAUGUGAAGCUCUCGGGAAAAUGGGUGACAAAGCAGGAACUUCUGAAGUGAUUAGAGCAAUACUCAAUGCACUUAGUGAUGAGAAUGCGAAUGUCAGAUGGCGCGCAUGUGAAGUUCUCGGAAAAAUGGGUGACAAAGCAGGAACUUCUGAAGUGAUUAGAGCACUGGUCAUUGCACUUAGCGAUGAGAAGUACUGUAUCAGAUCUUCCGCAUGUGAAGUUCUGGGGAAAAUGAGAGACAGAGAGGCAACUGCUGAAGUGAUUAGAGCACUACUCAAUGCACUUAGUGAUGAGAAUGAGAAAGUUAGAUCUUCUGCAUGCAAAGCUCUCCGGAGAAUGGGAGACAAAGCAGCAACUUCUGAGGUGAUUAGAGGACUACUCAAUGCACUUGGUGAUGAGAAUGAGAAUGUCAGAUGGCGCGCGUGUGAAGUUCUCGGGCAGAUGGGUGACAAAGCAGCAACUUCAGAAGUGCUUAGAGCACUACUCAAUGCACUUGGUGAUAAGAAUGCGAAUGUUAGAUAUUCUGCAUGUGAUGCCCUCGGUAAAAUGAAUCAAAAAACAGCAACUUCUGAAGUGAUUAGAGCACUACUCAAUGCACUUAGUGAUGAGAAUGCGAAUGUCAGAUGGCGCGCAUGUGAAGUUCUCGGGAAAAUGGGUGACAAAGCAGGAACUUCUGAAGUCAUUAGAGCACUACUCAAUGAACUUAGUCAUGAGAAUGCGAAUGUCAGAUGGCGCGCAUGUGAAGUUCUCGGGAAAAUGGGUGACAAAGCAGCAACUUCUGAAGUGAUUAGAGCACUACUCAAUGCACUUAGUGAUGAGAAUGCGGAUGUCAGAUGGCGCGCAUGUGAAGCUCUCGGGAAAAUGGGUGACAAAGCCGCAACUUCUGAAGUGAUUAGAGCACUGCUCAUUGCACUUAGCGAUGAGAAGCACUGUAUCAGAUCUUCCGCAUGUGAAGUUCUGGGGCAAAUGAGAGACAGAGAGGCAACUGCUGAAGGGAUUAGAACACUACUCAAUGCACUUGGUGAUGAGAAUGAGGAUGUCAGAUGGCGCGCGUGUGAAGUUCUCGGGCAGAUGGGUGACAAAGCAGCAACUUCAGAAGUGCUUAGAGCACUAAUCAAUGCACUUGGUGAUAAGAAUGCGAAUGUCAGAUAUUCUGCAUGUAAUGCUCUCGGUAGAAUGGAUCAAAAAACAGCAACUUCUGAAGUGAUUAAAGCAGUACUCAACGCACUUAGUGAUGAGGAUGUGGGUGUUAGAUGGGGCGCAUGUGAAGUUCUCGGAAAAAUGGGAGACGAAGCAGCAACUUCUGCAGUGGUUAGAGCACUAUACAAUGCACUUAGUGAUGAGAAUGUGAAUGUCAGAUAUUCUGCAUGUGAUGCUCUCGGUAAAAUGGGUCAAAAAACGGUAACUUCUGAAGUGAUUAGAGCACUACUCAAUGCGCUUAGUGAUGAGAAUGAGAAUGUCAGAUCUUCCGCAUGUGAAGUUCUGGGGCAAAUGGGAGACAGAGAGGCAACUUCUGAAGUGCUUAGAGCACUAAUCAAUGCACUUGGUGAUAAGAAUGCGUAUGCUGGAUGGGUGGGUUCAAAUUGUCUUUCCAAGAUUUGCGUGAAGAAGCGUUAUUUAGAUUAUCUAGAAGCUCUUUCUGCAGAUCAACUCAUCAGCGGGUUUUUCCACACUGAAAAUGUUGAUUGGCUUCCUGUUAUAACCGUUGCUGCACUUCUGCAAGGAAGUGCAGUGACGGUGACUGGACAGACUGUUGUAGUAUAUGUUCUCAGGAAAAUGGGAGAGAAAGCAGCAACUUCUGAAGUCAUUAGAGCACUACCCAAAGUAGUUGGCGGUCAGAAUGAAAAUGGCAGACCUUCUGGAUGUAAAGUGGCUGAGGAAGCUUCCAUUUCUGGUGGUGGACGUUUGCAGUUUAAAUCACACAAAACUGAGUCAGAAAUUAGUUGA